CACCAUCUAAAAGCGAACGUAGAUACAACCCCGGCAAGCAAAAUGCCGCGUGAAAUUAUCACGGUCCAGGCUGGACAGUGCGGCAACAGCAUUGGAAGUCAAUUUUGGCAGCAGCUAUGCCAAGAGCAUGGUAUUAAUCAGGAUGGAAAUCUCGAAGAUUUUGCCACUGAAGGUGGCGACCGUAAAGACGUGUUUUACUAUCAGAGCGACGACACGCGAUAUAUCCCGAGAGCUAUCCUAAUAGACUUGGAACCAAGAGUUAUCAACGGCAUUCAGAACGGCCCAUACAAGAAUAUUUAUAACCCCGAAAACUUUUAUGUAGGGAAGGACGGCAUGGGUGCUGCGAAUAACUGGGGAGAUGGGUACCAAACUGGCGAGGGCGUAUAUGAAGAUAUUAUGGAAAUGAUUGAUCGCGAAGCUGACGGAAGUGAUUCACUAGAGGGCUUCAUGAUGCUCCAUUCGAUUGCCGGCGGCACUGGCUCAGGCCUCGGUUCCUUUAUGCUCGAGAGACUGAACGAUCGAUUUCCGAAGAAAAUCAUACAAACCUACUCUGUAUUCCCGGAUACUACCAACGCCGGCGACGUAGUAGUCCACCCAUACAACAGCAUACUAUCCAUGCGGCGCCUGACCCAAAAUGCCGACUCGGUCGUUGUCCUGGACAACGGUGCGCUAUCAAGAAUCGCAGCUGACAGACUUCACGUGGAGAAGCCGUCACUGUCGCAGACCAACCAACUGGUAUCGACUGUCAUGAGCGCCAGUACAACGACACUGCGCUACCCAAGUUACAUGCACAAUGAUCUCGUUAGCAUAUUGGCAUCUUUGAUCCCGACACCGAGAUGCCACUUCCUCACGACAGCAUACACACCCUUCACUGGUGACCAGGUGGAAGAAGCGAAAACGGUGCGCAAGACCACUGUUCUUGACGUCAUGCGCCGCCUGCUUCAGCCCAAGAACAGCAUGGUGUCGAUCAACCCGAGCAAAAAGAGCUGUUACAUCUCCAUCUUGAACGUCAUCCAGGGUGAUGUUGACCCAACGGACGUACACAAGAGCUUGCUGCGCAUUCGCGAGAGACGACUUGCAACAUUUAUCCCUUGGGGCCCUGCCAGCAUCCAGGUCGCGUUGACCAAGAGGAGUCCUUACGUGCCCAUGAGCCACAGAGUCAGUGGCCUGAUGCUGGCAAACCAUACAUGCAUUGCGACUGUUCUCAAGAAGAUUGUACGCCAAUAUGAUGGAAUGCGCAAGCAUAAUGCCUUUAUUGAGGGUUACAAGAAGACGGCGCCAUUUGCUGACAAUCUGUUGGAAUUCGACGAAGCGCGUGAGGUGGUGACGGAUUUGAUCUCAGAGUACUUGGCCGCUGAAAAUGCUGAUUACUUGAAUCCAGGCGCAGAUGCGCCUACAUCGCAAGAUGCCGAUCGAAGAAUGACAUGAGAACAACUGGAUUGAUGACCCCUCGGCGUUUUAUUUGGCUUGUCUUUAGGGUGGACAUACAUACAUAUCUGACACUAUCGUCAUGUUUAAUGAUUUUAUUUACUUUUCAACUCCGUAGAGCUAUGAAGAAUGACAAAAAUAUCCGUUGUCACUACG